AUGCGCAAAUUUUUUGAGGAAUCAAAACUAAUUCGUCACCCCACUUAUGUAGCUGCAGCACAACAAACGCAUGAGCUAGUUAAGAGUGGUGGCAGCGGUGUGCUACGCCCAAUUUCACAGCCUGAUCCGUCCAAAACCAACAGUCUUCCACAGCAGGCACAGCCUACAGUGGCAGAAAGAGUCGUACCAAGAAUUCCUUCACCAGCCCAAUAUUUGAAAAAUGGAUGGGCACCGCUCGUUGUUACCCCAGACGCCCAAACAAUUCAGUUUAAACUAAAAGCAGUCUACGAUAACGGGGCAGAGCAGAAUACGCAGCAGCACCAUCAGCAACAACAAAAUCAACAACAACAACAGCAACAAAAGCAACAACUACCAACACAAGAAACUGUUCAAAUGGCCUCUGAGGCACAGAAGCAACCAUCACCAACCAAUGCACAGCUAGUAGCUCCUCAAUUAAGUCCAUAUCAAGUAAGCCCUACGCAGCUUACGUUACCUCAACAACAAACACAGAAUAUCUACUUACCGAACGGGAUCCAAAGCGUAGUUCUUCCAACACCAACUGUAAUACAACAACAGUCCGCGCCAACUGCUUUGCAACAAAGUCCAGCAUUCAACCCUUUCCAACCGUUCUUAACACAAACUUUUAAUGCUGUACCCCAAACAAAUUACUUUGCAAGCCCAUAUACACCAGCCUCAUUUCCAACAUUUUUACCAGUUACACCAGCUCCUCUUCAGUUACCUCAAAAUCCACAACAAAACUUGUUCCAAAACUUACCACAACAACCAGCUUCGCAAUUUCUACAGUUCCCAAUAAAUGACAGGCAAACCACCGUAAACCAAAGUCAACAAUCCCAAACGGCUAUUUCCAAUCAUGCUCAGAAGAAUUCUCAAAUGACGCAACUUUUCUACCAGAAAACGGAAGUUGAACCCGUUAAAACCAACCAGAAUGUUCCAACUCCCAGCAUACAGCAGCCUGUUCACAAACCUCAAGCAGUACAUCAAGUCUUGCAACCUCAAAUACCCUACCCAAUAAAUCAAAAACCUCAACCAACUAAUCAAGUUGUCGCUAAUCAAAAGUCAGCAGAGCAAACACCAGAGAAUGCUCCAAAAGUACAAGUCCCAGAGCAACCAAUAAUUCAGACUAGUAUAGAUGCUCCUUCAAUGACAAUACAGAAGUCGAUUUAUGAAGGAGUGAAACCACCCACUAUACCUCAAUGUCCUCGUCAACCCAACUGGCAACCUUGUAUCUCUAAAGAACUAGCCAACGAAAGAUUCCGCAACUGCUGUGCUCGUUUAGGUGAAGGCUGCAGCUCGCUUUGCAGUUACGAUGCAACACUUGCAACGAUUCAACUCAGCGUUCUUACCGGCCGAUGCCCCAUAAGUAAAGUUGGAGACAUGAUGGUUUGUGCCAGUGGCAAUGAAGAUGCUACACCUUGUUGCCAAGCGCAUAAUGUUUUCGAGCCAGGAUUUGAACAUUGCAAACCUUACUGCAAUCCUUCAGCCGGUCUGCCUCAAGGUGGUAUGUUAACAGAAAAAUAUAAGUGCCUGGGUAAACUCACGCAAAUUCAACACUGUUUCUACAUAACGCAAAAACCAUAA